AUGUCAAGGCUAGAGAUGAGGUGUUACAUUCCACUCUACCAAGAAGAGUCUUCACAUAAUGAAGUCCUACUGUCCUUGGCUAAGCUUGAUUUCAACUUAGUACAAGAGCAACACCGAAAGGAACUUGGCAACCUUACAAGGUGGUGGAAGGGUUUAGAUGUACAAAGGAAGUUUCCAUUUGCUAGAGAUAGGCUUGUGGAGCUGUAUGUCUGGUGGUUAGGAGAAUAUUACGAGCCAGAGCAUGAAGCCGCGAGGGAAAUACUAACCAAAUUGUCCAGCGUUAGUUCCAUUAUUGAUGACAUCUAUGAUGUCUAUGGAACAUGGGAAGAAUUAGAACUAUUCACGGAAACAAUUCAAAGGUGGGAUGUCGAUGCCAAAGAUGGAUUGCCAGAGUACAUGCAAGAGUGUUACAAGAUAGUUCUUGAUUUGUAUGAUGAAAUUGGCUAUGAAUUCUCGCGGAAAGGACAUUCAUAUCGCCUCUUCUAUGCGAAAGAAGUGAUGAAAAAUCAAGUGAGAGCAUAUUUCGUUGAAGCCAAGUGCUUCCACCAAAACCACGUACUGACAAUGGAGGAGUACAUGUCCAUUGCAUUACCAAGCUCUGGUUUUGUAUCGAUAUUGGCAUGGUCAUUUCUGGGAAUGGGAGAUAUUGUAACAAAAGAUGUUUUUGAUUGGCUUUUAUUCAACGACCCCAAGAUGUUUGAGCAAGAGAGAGGUCAUGUGGCAUCUGCUGUGGAGUGUUUCAUGAAACAAUAUAGAGUUACUGAGGAAGAGGCUAAGGAGGAACUCCGUAAACAAGUGACCGAUGCAUGGAAGGACAUUAAUGAAGAGCUGCGCCGUCCAACUGUUGUCCCCAUGCCAAUCCUCGUGCGAAUUCUCAAUCUUACACAAGCCCUGCACAUGAUGUAUAAUGGUGAAAUAGAUAACUACACUCAUGCCGGAACCAAGAUGAAAGAGCAUGUGACUUCUCUGUUGGUCAAUCCGUUGCCAAUGUGA